AUGGUUGUGGGUAUUGCGAUAAUGUUUGAUAUGAUGGAUGAUCUGGUUAAUUUCAGUUCGUUUCGCUUCCAUUGGGCCGAUUAUGUGGUUUGCAUAGCGCUUGUUUUGUUAUCAACUGGAACCGGAUUUUAUAUCGCCAAAUUUUACAAAAUAAAACUCUUAUAUAAACUGCAAUUUUAUAGAGGCAAGGAACGAGUAAGUGAUGUUGAGCAAAUUGAUUAUGGUUCAACGAAAAUGAAUGAAUAUCUCCUUGGUUCACGAACACUAAGCGUUUUGCCAGUCGCCAUGAGUUUAGUUGGCAGCUAUGUCUCUGGCGUCACUAUAUUGGGUACGGUAUCAGAAAUUUAUUAUUAUGGCACUCAGUAUUCGCUGAUUGCUGUUGCUAUAAUUGCAAUGGCAUUUCCCGUGGCAUACAUCUAUGUACCCGUUUUUUAUGUACUCGGCGUGCAUUCGUCUUACGAGUACCUGGGAAUGCGAUUUAAUAACGCUGUACGAACCCUUUGUUCCGUAUUCUUUAUAUUGGACGAGAUAUUCUUCCUACCGAUGGUUGUCCAUGUUCCAUCUAUAACUUUCCAGCAAGUAACUGGUGUUCAUGCACUCAUUGUUAGUACGAUAAUGUGUGCGUUGUGUGUCGCGUAUACUCUUGUUGGUGGCAUAAAAGCCGUUGUUUACACUGACGCUUGGCAAGUUUUUGUUAUGUUUUGGACUGUUAUAACUGUAGUGAUUAUUGGAAUCGUUUAUGGAGGUGGUUUCGGCCCGAUUGGUGAAGCUGCUUCUGAAGGUGGUCGCCUCAUAUUUGCUAAUGUUAAUCCAUCGUUGCUGGAGAGGCAAACACUAUGGGCCGUGUUAAUUGGAGGCUUUUCUUAUUGGACUUCCUUCAAUUCGGUUAACCAAACAAUGGUGCAAAGAUAUCUAUCACUAUCCUCGCUAAAAAAAGCUCGUCUAAGUAUUCUAGUAUUUACGGCAAGCAUUGUUUUUUUCAUCAUUUUUUUAUGCAUUGGUGGAUUGUUAGUAUACCAGGCUUAUGCACACUGCGAUCCCCUUUCAGCGAAAUUAAUAGAGCAAGACGAUCAAAUCUUCCCAAUUUAUGUAAUACAAACGGUCGGAAAUUUACCCGGCAUGCCAGGUUUAUUUGUAGCUGGUGUCUUUGGAGCUGCUUUAAGCUCCCUAUCGACUGUUCUAAAUUCCACUGCUUUGGUCAUAAUGGAGGAUAUCGUGAAGAAUGUCAUAAAAAUAGAAUUGUCUCCUAAAACGGCAAAUCGCCUAGUCAAAGGCUCUGUACUUAUUUUAGGUCUUGUCGGCCUUGCAUUGUCUUUCCUCUUUCAACAUUUGGAGGGUAUUUUAAGCGUAGCCACGUCGCUGACCGGUCUCGCUUCAAGUGCCCAAUUCGGUAUGUUCACACUCGGAAUGUUAUUCCCUUGGACGAACAGUAUAGGCGCAUUAACCGGCGGAAUAAUUGGUUAUUUAAUGGGCGGUUGGAUUGUCUUUGGUAUACAGAUUGCCUCUUACAUGGAUUUACUCGUACGCGACAAACUCCCUCUUAGCGUCUCGGAAUGUCCUUUUAAUGCUACUCUAAUGGAACCUCAAGAACAAACCGACAUAAAUCCGGUUUUUUUAAUGUCAUACCACUGGACAAAUCCUAUUGGAGUGGGCACUACCCUUCUCGUUGGAGCAAUUGUAUCAUUGGCAACAAAACCAACGAAAUUAGAAGAAAUCAAUAUGGACUAUCUGGCACCUUUUACCCACAGAUUCUUUCGCAAGUUUAUGGCAAAACCGCAAGAUAACACUGAGCCUGUUACUUGAAACUGCCUCUAUUGCUGUCGACAGAAGGUAUUAUGAA